UGGGUAGUAAAGAAAUAGAUAUAUUAUAAAGUAUCAAAAGGAUAGCAAAAAUGUUUAAAUUUCAAAUUGUCCCCAAGCCUUCACAUAUACCAGCCCCCACACAAGUAAACAUUCCCACUCCACCAACUGCGGUGCCGGCCCCUGAACAAAAUACUUCAAAAUCCCAACCCUGCACACACCACCCAAACAAAAACAAAAAUACCCGCCCCCUUAUUGGCACCGAAAGGAAAACGUUUAACCCUCUCGGACGACACCGUGGAUGUGGCAGAGGAGGGAUAUUCUGUUGUUACGCGGAGGAGAACAUUGGCACCAUCGCCAUCCGUACAAAAAAAAUCAAAGAACUAGCACCACAGACAGAAAAAAAGACCCCGCCCAAUGGUCCCAGAAGUAGAAAAAAACGAAUGUUAUCCGAGUUCGAUACUCAAAAUCAACACAUAAACGAAACUGUGACAUUACACCCAAAGACGAGAUUAUAUGAUAUGCAUAAAGACCUCAAAAAGAGAUGUGUCUUGGUAGAAGAAACCUUAUACAGGCAACUAAGGGAUAAGCAUUCAACGACCAUCUGGAAGAUAGUCGAUUUACCAAAUUAUUUAAAGAAGGAGGAAGGAGGGGUUGACAAGCUUGCAGUGAGGUCAGCCCCAACGUCACCCGUAAAGAAUAUGGUCACCAGAAACAUUGACUGGACAGGUAAUAUGAACUUCAUCAGCGAAAAGGCUUACACAUUUCGGACGCAGAAGACAUCUUACUCAUUGCCGAAACCACAGAUCAGCUACAGACCAUGCUGACAGAGUUGGACACUCAUAGCUCAGCAAGAAGCCUUCAAAUGAACCGAGUGAAAAUAAAAUACAUUCAGCCUUACAAAGUAUCAGAAGGCCGAAUAGAAGUAGGGAGCAAUUAUAUCGAGGAGGUAAAGGAGUACGUCCACUUAGGACAGACAGUGAGUAUGCAACAAGACAAACAUUUUCAGUAUGAGGUUAUCAUAUGUGUUAAAAAUAUAUCAGCUAAAAAGGCCUUAAAUAGCGCACAUAUUCUUUUCCUUUAUUUUUUUGCAUAAUCGUAUGAAUUCUCGUGUGUAGAACACAAAUUCGCAAACAUUUUUUUUUAAAUUCCAAAAAAUAAAUGAAGAUUCGAUGGUUUAUAUAGCGUCUGUAAAGCAGAAUUUCGCCAAAAUUUCGUUGUUUAUAGUUGACACAUGCUGUCACGCACAAAAUGACAGCUUCCAAAUCCUGUUUUAUGAUUUAAUAAAAAUGAUCAAACUUUAAACCUCAUUUUAAAAAAAUGUUCUCAUAAAAGUGAA